CACCACCAUGGACAUAACACCCAUACUUAACCAGGCCCUCGCUGCGCACAACGCGCAGCCCGUCCAGCCGCAUGUGUUCCGCAAGGAGAACCUGGACGAGUUCCUCAAGGAGGCGUAUCGAAUUCGAGCGCACAUUGCACAGCUGCACACCCACCUGAGAUCGAUCCGGCAAAGCUACCUCUCGACUGCGCAUCCGCCUCGUCGGAAACAGAUUGCGCGCGCGAACGGAGCGUCCGCAGACAAGGACGCAAAGUACCUUACCGACGCUGAACGGAAUGAACUCGAUGCCUCGGCGAAAGACUUGCUGCGCCAGCUGAGCCACGCUAUAACGAACCUGUCGCAUACCGAGCAGUUGCGACGGGAGGCAGAGAGUCAGAUCGCCUACAAGAAGCGUGCAAAGCGGGGGUUGGGCGCAUUGGGACGAUGGGCUGCAGGCGGGGCAAUAACGGCAAAAAGCCCUGAGGAGGAGAUCGAGGAGGCCAAGUCAAAUACAGUUAAGGCGCAUCGCGAGAGCAUCAUAUGGUACUUGCAGCGCGCGCUCGAGGAGUGUGGCCGCUUCCAGAGCUCCAUGAUGGAGAUACGGAUCACACGCGAGAUUGAGAAGAGCAAGAGCGUGCUGUACAAAGCCAGAGGGACCAUGCCCGCUACGGAUGACUAUCCUGGCAGUAACGGGAACAACACAUCGACCGACUACCGCGGAAAGUCCACGCAGCUCCCCGAAGAGAGCUCGACCUCAGUGGAGCAGCAACUCGACCCAGAGCAGCUUCAGCUCUUCGCACAGGAGAACCAGGACAUGCUCAAGUACUACGAAGACACCCUUGAUCAAGUUCGUACUGCCGAGAAGUCGCUCCUCGAGAUCUCUGAACUGCAAACGACCCUCGCGGCCAACCUCAACAUCCAGGCAGAGCACAUCGACCAGCUUGUGGCCGACUCACAGCUCACAACCGAGAAUGUGGGUAGUGGAAACAAGCAGCUGAAGAAGGCAACCGAGAGGCGGAGCACCGCGCAGAUGGUGUUUUGGUCGACGUGCGCGUUUUGCACGACGCUGAUACUAUGGGAUCUGUUCAUAUAGUACUGAUUGUCUUUACCAUCUGAGGAUGUGGUUGCUGGAGCCGGUAAUACUUCCCAGUGACGAGCAACAUGGAAACGGUAAAAGACAUGAUUUUUGCAUGUGAGCUCCCACCCAAGCUCCACUUUGUUGCACUUGACGACGGGAAUCUUGCCGAAAGUAGUGGCAUAAUUUAUAAACCGAAGCCUCGAGGCGAGCUGCAUGUGUUCGCUCGCCUAGGCGGCAGGUCGUUAGCUCACCCGCUUGGAACCCACUCUGCCCAGCCCCGGAGCGG